ACCCUUCAUUUCCAAAUCUAAUCUGCAGAUAUAAAUUGUAACCCAAUCUUUGUGUGUGUUUAUGCAAAAUCAGUAGCAGACAAACAAAAUCAUGGAUAAAGUACUGAUCAUUUCCUUCCUUGGUAUGCUGACCGUGAUUCAUGGGGUUGCAGGAAACAUGGUGUAUGACAACAUAGGCUUGCUUGAGGAACUCAAAAGCUUUGAAAUAGAUGAAAAAGAUGAUGUGCAACUAUUUGAUACCCCUUCAUGGACAAGUGAACGUGGUGGCAAGGUUCUUGUGAAUGUCGAUAGCUUUGGUGCAGUUGGAGAUGGAGUUUCAGAUGACACUAAGGCCUUUGUUGAAGCUUGGAAGACUGCCUGUAGUACUACAAAAUCAGUUUUUUUGGUUCCUCCAGGACGUCGCUAUUUAGUUAAUGCAACAAGAUUUAGUGGUCCUUGUGCGGAUAGGUUGGUUAUCCAGAUAGAUGGAACAAUAGUGGCACCUGAUGAGCCUAACAACUGGGAUCCAAAAUUUCCACGACAAUGGCUUGAUUUUACUAAACUGCAAGCAGUGAUUUUCCAAGGGAAUGGAGUUAUUGAUGGCUCAGGCAGCAAAUGGUGGGCAUCAUCUUGCAAAAAGAACAAAUCAAAUCCUUGCAGAGGAGCACCAACAGCAUUAACUAUUGAUUCAAGCUCAUCUGUGAAGGUAAGAGGCCUUACCAUCCAAAAUAGCCAACAAAUGAAUUUUGUGAUUUCCCGGUCUGCAUCUGUACGAGUAUCCCAAGUAUUAGUCUCGGCUCCUGAAGACAGUCCUAACACUGAUGGAAUUCAUAUUACUGGCUCAACUAAUGUUGUUCUUCAAGACUGCAAAAUUGGAACAGGUGAUGACUGCAUAUCAAUUGUCAAUGGUAGCUCUGCUAUCAAGAUGAAGAAUAUUUAUUGUGGACCAGGACAUGGAGUCAGUAUUGGAAGUCUUGGGAAGGACAACUCCACUGGCAUAGUCACAAAAGUAGUCUUGGAUACUGCAUUCCUCAAGGAGACAACCAAUGGUCUCAGAAUUAAGACUUGGCAGGGAGGCAAUGGCUAUGUUCGUGGGAUACGUUUUGAAAAUGUAAGGAUGGAUGAUGUUGCAAAUCCUAUCAUUAUUGAUCAAUUCUACUGUGAUUCUCCAAAAACCUGCCAAAACCAGACAUCAGCAGUGAAAAUAAGUGAGAUCAUGUACCGGAAUGUUACUGGCACAACGAAGAGCGCAGAGGCCAUGAAAUUUGCCUGUAGUGACACAGUUCCUUGUAGUAACAUAGUCCUGAGUAACAUAAACCUAGAGAAGAAAGAUGGCACAGCGGAGACUUACUGCAACUCUGCGCAAGGCUUUGGGUAUGGUAUUGUUCAUCCUGCAGCAGACUGCCUGAGUUCUCACGAUAAAGACUUUAGCAUGGUCGAUCAGACAGAAAUUGCUCAAGAUUAUGUUACUGAUGAGACCGAAAUCGCAGAGCUUGCAGAAUCUAGCAGUGAGGCUAUUGUUCACACUGAGCUCUGACUCUGCUUCCUGAAGAAAUCAAAAUGACCAUAUUAUAGCAAUUAAUAUAGCAAUAUACUAAAAUGGGAAAUUGGAAUGUAGUUUACUAGUAGAGAUUUCUUGGAGAGGAGGAUUGAGGUGUCCAAGUUAAAUUUUAUGGGAAUGUAUAGGAAGAUAUAUGUAGCUAUACAAACAAACUGCACUGAAUCUAAUAAUUCCUUGGGUGCAGUUAAAAUAUAAAGUUUAUACUAUUUUGUUUACUAAAUUGUUUUUGUUCUUCCUCUGUUGUACGUAGCUCUGCGGGUGUUACAAUGUCUAUUCAUGUUCUCUUGGGCCAGAAA